GCGUGUGAAGGCCACAUGAGCGAUGUGACACGCCCGGCAGCGUGUUUAUAUUCACGCUAGGAUAGAUCCGCCUGGAGCAAGCCGCCCCUCUCCGUCAUGUCGAUUCGGUGGGCUUGGCUUUGCAUUCUUGGGUCUUUACAAGCGACCCUGGCCAUACCAUCCGCUGACGAACCGCGCGUUCUGGAAAUCGGCUUGAAAGACGAUGGCCAAAUUAUUAAUGAUAGGAAGAGAUUCGAAUUGAAUCUGGCCAAGACGGAUGAAAACUCAAGUUAUUAUAAGCAACUGAGUAAUCCAACAAACGACUCAUUGCUUCAGCUACAAAUUGCACGUGAUGAUCUGCGCCUAACUGACGAUCUCCCAUCGCGCCAUGUCGAAGUUCGUGUGGUGUACACAAGUAUAAUACCUUUGGCUCUAUCUUAUGAUUUGGAUUCUAUGCAAGCAGCCCAGUUACAAAAUCAAUCAUGGCACUGGCUUCCUCCGGCAAAUAAUCUCUCCCUGUCGAUUUUCAUCGAUGUCGUUCCAAAACAGAUUGGAUUAUCAUAUUUACGGUUUUGGGUCCGUGAGGCGAAAAACUUGGGCUUCACUGAACCUAAGGCAUUCGUGCUCAACUCUUCCAGCUGGACCACACAACAUUACUUUGAUAGCCUUUUAAACACACCUUGGAGAUUCGAGCUUCUCGGUUUCCCAGUCAUUGUGCUGCGUGGCCAAGGUGUUGUGCAACUUGUGUUUCGUAUCGUGGUGGUCAGUAUGGUUACGAUUUUUACUUUCACAAUGGGCUGUGAAUUAGAUCCGGGGCUGUUAAAGGCCUACUUCCGAAGACCUAUUGGUCCGGCGAUUGGAUUUUGCUGUCAGUUUAUCAUAAUGCCUCUGAUUUCCUUUACCAUUGCCAAAUUGGUACCGAUUAAACAGGAGUUUGGUUUUGGUCUGCUCACAAUCGGCUGUUCCCCCGGAGGAGGGGCCAGUAAUGCUUGGUCUCUGAUGCUCGGUGGAGAUAUCAAUUUGAGUAUACUUAUGACGUUCAUAAGCUCCUUCUCCGCACUGUUCAUGAUGCCACUACUUCUGUUCGCCUUCGGUCGAUUCUUCAUCGAUGUGAAUCGGGUCCGGAUUCCCUACGGUAACAUAUGCAUCCAGCUCCUCCAAAUCGCCAUCCCCGCGCUGUUCGGUCUGGGAUUACGGUGCUGGAAACCGGAGAUUGCCAAACGUUUUACCAAAAUCACUCGACCAAUGUUUGUGUUUUUCAUCCUAUUCUUCCUCACGUUUGGAAUCUAUGCGAACCUUUCGAUUUUUCGACUGAUCGGUUCGUACCCGAUCGUGAUGCCCACUGGUGCGCUUUUGCCUUGGAUCGGAUUCGCCAUGGCAGCUCUUGUUGCAUUCAUUCUGCGCCAGUCCCGGCCUAUCAUAAUCACGAUAGCUUUGGAGACAGGAAUUCAAAAUAUUGGAGCUGCCGUUCUCGUGUUGCUCUAUUCUAUGCCACAACCCGAGGGAGAUUUGGGUGCUGUAAUGCCAAUUACUGUGUCCAUCUUCACUCCGGUCCCCCUGUACUUCAUCCUGUUGGGAGUGACGAUCAAACGCCGUUGCUGUCGUAAGAGACCUCCACCGUCAGAAGCCCAUGAGGUCGAGCCUAUGAAUGCUCCUGGGAAGGAUUUAGUUGAGGAGAAUGAUAAGAAAGAGACGUUUGACGUUUUAUUCCCCGAAGAACCGAAUGGUGGUGGACACUUGGGUCGUUAUGGUGCAGCUCUGACGAUUAAUGCCUUUCUUGGGAAUCUGGUGCGCGACGAACUGAAAUCAGAACCAUGUGUCUCCAAAAGACCAGAUCAACUUGGAAAUCAAA